UUAUACUAUCCUUUAUAUCGCUCAACGGCUAUCAGAAUUAUUUUAGUUCAGUAUUUGGAGAUUAGCUAUGCACCUUACAGUUGUUUUUUAAAAUAAAUAGUUAUAGAAUAAUUGAUUAAACUACAACGUCAAAAUUCCGUCUAAAAACAGACGGCAUCUAGACAGUUGAAUUUAGGUCUAAAAAAAUCUAGACGUCUAAUAGACGUCUAUUGCUCGGUGGGAUAUUGGUAGAAGGAUGCUGAGUUUCCCACUGCCAGGCAGGAGGCCUGGAGGAAGACCAAAGAGGAGGUUUAUGGAUGUGAUUAAAGAGGAUAUGAAGGUAGUUGGUGUGAGAGAAGAGGAUGCAGCAGAUUGGGUUAAAUGGAGGCAAUUGAUUCACUGUGGCGACCCCUGAAGGGAAAAGCCAAAAGGAAAAGAAGAAGAAGAAUGUUGAUCACAAAAGGCCCCUGCUGUAAUUCUCUUUUGUGACUAAUGAUGGUUUGUCCUGAGAACUUCUCAAAUUCUGUCCAGUGUCCAAGGUGGCAAUUUAAUAAUAGGAGUAGGUCCAGAAUCUAAACAAAAGGGGUUUGAUACCUGAUUUGACCUAUCCCUUGGCAUUCCAAAGAGUCCCAAGCUGUGUCGGCUACAGACUCUAUAGUUGUGUUAUUGUAGAGACACAGUUUCAUGGUAAAUAAUGUAUUUCUGAGCUUUACUGCCUGAACUGACUGACUGAUGCUCAGGUUUAAUGUCUUUAACGGAAUAAUAACAGUAAACAGACAUUCAAAAAUCGAUGUUUUUAUCCAGAAAAGUCCAGAGACUCUUGAGAACUGACUGAAGUCAUUUUCUUUCAGUGUCUGAUCUGAGGCUGAAGGACAAAAAAGGUCAUGUGACCUGUGAUGUUUCCAAAGAACCAACUUCUGUUCCAGCUGCUGGUCAUCAAGAAGAAGACGUCAGUGUCGGCUUGGAUGCUGCUGAACGUACUGGUGAGUUCAGGAACACUUUUUAUAAUGUGAUGAAUAAAACAUGAUCAAGUCUGAACAUUAAGUUACCACAGAUGACUGGACUGUUAAGUUUAUACCGUUUAGAACUCAUUUCUCUUGUUUACUGUUUUAUGGAUGUGAUAAGUUCACAGUGAUAAAAAUAUUCUUCUUGUUAUCUUGGAAGGUCAUGUUUAUUCUAUUUGUUUACUUUAUGUUCCAGCACCUGAACUCAGGAUUGUGUUGUUAGGAAAGAGUGAUGACAAAAAGGCAGCACUGGGAAACAUCAUUGUUGGGAAGAAAGAAUUUUCUGUCCCAAGAUUCUUAGGAGGAAAACAUUGUGAAGCUGCUCGUGGGACAUGGAACAUGAAACCUUUAACAGUAGUGAAAACUCCAAAUGUCUUCAUUCUGUCUGUAGAGAAAAUUAGAGAAGAGAUGAAGAGAUGUGUGGAGCUCUGUUCUCUGGGACCAAAUGUUCUGCUGCUGUUAGUGAAACCUUCAGAUUUCACUGAAUACAACAGAAACACUCUGAAGUUCAUCCUGAGUCUGUUUGGUGAAGACGCCUUCAAACACUCCAUGGUCAUCAUGACUCAGAACGAAGACAGAAGGAAUCAGUCGGUGGAAAAACUCCUCCAAGACUGCAGACAAAAGCAGCACAGCAUCAAUCUUGAUGAAAAGCAUCCUUCAGGUCAUGAAGUACAAGAGUUAAUGCAGAAAAUGGAAACUAUAGUGAGUGACCUCAGGGGAGGAUAUCUGACACUAACUGAUAAAGCUGAUCAGACAGUGAUGAAAAAGUCCAAACCUCCUCUGAACCUGGUCCUGUGUGGUAGAAGAGGAGCUGGGAAGACUUCAGCAGUCAACACUAUUCUGGGACAAAGAAAGUUUGGUGGACCUGAAGACUCAUCAGAGUGUGUUAAAACCCAGGGAGAGGUGUGUGGACGUCGGGUUUCUCUGCUGGAGCUGCCUGCCUUGUCUGGAAAACCUCAGGAGGCAGUGAUGGAGGAAUCAUUCAGGUGUAUCUCCCUCUGUGAUCCUGAGGGCGUCCAUGCCUUCAUCCUGGUCCUACCUGUGGGUCCCCUCACUGAUGAAGACAAGGGAGAGUUAGAGACCAUCCAGAACACAUUCAGCUCUAAAGUCACAGACUUCAUCCUGAUUCUGUUCACUGUGGAGUCAGAUCCUACAGCUCCAGAUGUUGUUGACUUUAUCAGACAGAACAGAGACAUCCAGGAGCUCUGUCAGAGCUGUGGAGGAAGAUCUGUUGUUGUCAGCAUGAAGGACAAGCAGCAGAUCCCAGAGCUGCUGGAUCAAGUAGACAAGAUGACAGAUGGAGGAUCCAGAUGUUUCACUAAGGACAUGUUCACUGAGGAGAAGGUUUCACAGCUUAAAACAGAACUGCAGGAUGUGAAACGUAGCAGCAGGACAGAAGCUGAAGACAAAAAUCAGACCAGAGAAGAAGACACUAUCAGGAUGGUGCUGUUUGGAAAAACUGGUAGUGGGAAGAGUUCCACUGGAAACACAAUUUUGGGCUACAAACAAUUUUUAGCCAAAGUCGGUGGGAAAUCAGUGACCACAAGCUGCCAGAAAGCAACAGCACAGAUUGAUGGCUUUUCUGUUUCUGUGGUCGACACUCCUGGUUUGUUCGACACAACUCUCUCUCCUGAGCAAGUUAAACAGGAGCUGGUGAAAUGCAUCACCAUGUUGUCUCCUGGACCUCACGUGUUCUUACUGGUGCUGCAGAUCGGUCGAUUUACGGAGGAGGAAAAAGAUGUGGUGAAAAUGAUCAAGAAGAUUUUUGGCCAGAAGUCAGAAAACUUCAUCAUUGUUACGUUCACAAGAGGAGAUGAACUGGAAGACCAAUCAAUUGAAAAGUACAUCGAAGACUGUGGUGACUUUGUAAAAAAUCUGAUCGCUGACUGUGGAGGAAGAUUCCAUGUCUUCAACAACAAAGAUCCAACAAACUGCACACAAGUCAGAGAGCUGCUAACCAAGAUCCAGACCAUGGUGAAAGAAAAUGGAGGCAGUUUCUAUACUACAGAGAUGUUCCAAGAGGCUGAAGCAGCGAUACUGAAGUCAGUGGAGAGGGCAUUGAAGGAGAAGGAAGAGGAGAUGAAGAAAAAGAUGGAAGAGCUGGAAAGAAAACAUGAGGAAGAAAUGCAAAAAACAGUAAAACAAAUGAAAGAACAGAUAUCCAAAAUUGAAUCAGAGAAAGAGCUGAACCUAAAACAACUCAAGGAGAAGGAGGACUACAUUAACAAAGAGCAAAAGGAGAGAGAGAAAGAACAAAAACACAGAGAAGAGGAAGACAAGAAGAGGAAACACCAGGAACAAAUUCAACGACGGGAGUGGAAACAAAAGCUUCGAGAUCUGGAGAAACAGAUAUCAGAGUCUGAGUCAAUGGAGGAGCUCGUCAGAGAGUUAGAGAACACUAGAGAAGAACUGCGAAGAGGGAAAGAAGCCUGGGAGAUGGAGAGAAAAAACUGGUGGGACAAACGGUAUCAAGAAAUACGACAGAAACGAGAGAUGGAACAAAUAAGAAUUCAGAAACUCAAAGAAGAAUUUCAACAUGAAAGAGAUGAAUAUCAAAGAAAAAUAAAAGACGAUUCCAUCAUGAUUGAAAGUGCUGACAGACGACGCAAAGCAUUAGUGAGAGAACACAAGAAACAAAUGGAAGAAAUGAAACAGAAAUAUGAGGACGAUGCCAGAAGUCAAGCUGAAGAACUCAAUGAUUUCAAAGAGAAAUACACCAGAGACUUUGAAGCUCUGAUAGAAAAGUAUGAUGAGGAGAUAAGGGAUCUGAAGCAAACCUAUGAGGUAUUAAUAAAUGAGCGAGAGCAACACAGAGAUAAGUACACUCUUUUGCACAAACUCUCCGGCCACAAAGAAGAAAGUCUAAAACAAGAACUGAAGGAUCUGCAGAAAAAGCAUGAAGAAGAAAUCCAAAACUUAAAGAAGAAAUACCAAAACAAAUGCAUCAUUGCCUGAUCACUUUAAACGGUCUUUCACAGUGUUGUGACUCUGGUGGAAAAACCUCCAGCUCCAGCACUUCAUGAUGAAUAAAAGACGAUGAGUCAGAUUUCUGCAGAAAUGCCAACUGGAUAAGCAGAUGUUAAAUAAGUGCACAGAACUUCCAUAUAUCUUAUUAACAUCAUAUUUGUUCCUUUAGGUUUUUUCAUGGGAGUGAGGUAGACAAACUCUUGGAGAAGUCCUCAUAUGUAGGAAUUAAACACAAUUAAAUGUGUCCAUUUCUUUCUCAUUUUGGUUCCAAUCUUCUGGUUUAUCUUUGACUCCUCUGGACAAAAUUGGUGCAGUUUAACUCAAUGUGUCGUCUUUCUGACUCAGACUUGUUUCUUCAGGUUCUUGAUGGUUUAAGUCAGGGCUUUGAGGAGACCAGUCUAGAAUCUUCAUUCCAGCCUGAUGGAACCAUUUCUUUACCACACCUGAUGUGUGUUUGGACUCAUUGUCUGGUUGAAACAUCCAACUGUGUCCAAGAUCAACCUUCUACUGAUGGUUUUAGGUUUUCCUGAAGAAUGUGGAGCUGAUCCUCCUUCUUCAUUAUUUCAUUUACUUUGUGGAAAGCUCCAGUUCCACAAAGCGUGAUACUGCCACCACUAUGCUUUAUGGUAAGUUUGGGGUUCUUGGGGUUAACACGAGCAAACCCAGGUUUGCAUGAUUUUGUUGUUGAAAGUAGGCCUCGCCUUCAGUUUUUGUUCCAUCUGACCACAUAACUUUCCUCCAGAAGGUCUUUUCUUUGUCCAUGUGAUCAGCAGCAGACUUGAGUGGAGCUUUAAGGUUCUGCUUCUAGAGGAAGAACUUCCUUCUUCAUGGAUCCUCUAAAACCCUGUGGACACUGACAGCUGUGUUCCAGCAGCUUCUCAUUCACUCAGACCUGCUUUUUGAUGAUUCUUGGUUGACUCUUAACCAUCCUGACCAAUGGUCUCUCAGCAGCAGGUGGUAGUUUAUAUUUUCUUCCUGAUGGUGGCAGUAACACAACUGGAUCAUGAACUUUAUUCUGACAAACACAUCAUUUAGGAUCUGAAGCUGCUUUGAAAUGGCUCCAAGUGACUUUCUGACUUGUUCAAGUCAAUGACUUGCUUUUUCAGGUCUUUGCUGAUCUCCUCAGACUUUCCCACCAUGGUGUUUGAGUCUAAUGAGUGGAUCUAAUGGCUUCUAUUUAAACUGGAUCAGAGGAGACAGCAGCUGUAGACAAAUGUAAUCACUUAUGAGAAGCGAAGAGGCUACGAAAACAAAGAAAAUGUGAUGAACAUGACUUUCUACAUCACCAAAACUGAUCAUUGACAUUGCUGUAUAUAUAUUUUUGACCCAGCAGAUUGUCAUAUUUCCAGACAUACAUACGGACAUAGUCUUCAUAAGUGCAUAUAAAUUUUGAUUUAUAACUGUAUGUUUCAAUAGUCCAAUUUUUCAAUGAAAUUUCACAAUUUAUAUGCAUGUUUACACCAUAUAUUGUCUCAAAAACCAUGAGAUAAACAUGUUUUUGUAACUGAUUGUGAUUAAUUUUAGUCUGAUCACUACAAUUACUAUUUAACAACCAGAUCUGUGUGUUUAAGAAUUUAAAGUCAGGUCUUAGGGUGUUUGACUGCUGACCUCUGAAUGACAGUGAAGUUUAACAACCCUAGAGGUGAACACAUCUAUGACUGAUCAGGCAGUCAUCUUCAUUUUUAUCAAAAGUUUUCUGUAUAUAAAAAAGUCACCAGAUUGCAAUGUGGAUUUUUGUUUAGUUUUUUACCUAUACUCCUUUUCUACAUUAAGUUUUUUGGUCUUGUUGUUGUAUGUUUGUUUUUUUUAAUGUAACAGCAACAACAUUUUCUUCCCCACAAUCAGCUUUGAUUUUUAAAAUAUUUACUUCUUUCUUGAUGCAACUACGUCACUUUAUCAUGCAUCACUUCCUGAUGAAUUGAUACAUUUAGAAAUGACAUCUGGCUUCUUAGUUCCACAGCGGUUAAACUGAUCAACACUCUGCCUGCUGUUUCCAGUAAUGAUUCAGUUUGCUUACCUGUAUUCAUUAAUUUCCUAUCUGUUGGUUGGUUGUUGUGUCAUUAUCUGGUAUUCUCAGUAGUUAAUAAAUGUUUUGUGUAUAAUUAUCAUCAAUGCUGUCAUGUAUUCCUUUGAUCAAUAUCAGUAGAUCUAACAACUUUUUUAAUAUUCAGUCUGAAACAUCGAUUUCCUAAUUAUAGCUGGUAGUGCCCCUGAUUUCUCACAAGUGCAAUUUCAGUCUUAAAGUGUAGUUAUGCUACAACAGUGACAGAACAGAAAAACAUAUUACUUCAUUUUUAAAGUAUCACUUGCAAAGUCAAUUUCUAAACUUUGCACAUCUGAACUUUUCACCCAUAAGUUCUGUUGAUUUUUAUGUCAAACUGCUGCAGGAAACUGACUUGAAAUAACAGAUUUCAAACCUGAAAAGUUCUUUACAUACAAUACAGCAGCGGAAAGCUUUGACUGGUGAAGAACAGACAAUGGUUGGGUGAACAGUCUCUAACAUCUCAGCUGCUGAAGCUGGAACUCCUUCAGAGGAGUCAUAAGAGUCUUGGUGGCCUCCCUCACUAGUCUCUGAUCUUGUUCAGUCCAUCAGUUUUUGAGGACAAACUGCUGUAAAAAUAAUGAUGUUACUGUGAUAAUAUCCCAAUAAUCCUCAUUAGAACAACAGUAAAUGAUUAUAUUGUGCAGUUAAACAUGGAAUUAUGUGUCUAAAACACUCUAAAGUGACUUUUAAUGCUGAGCAGCUUUAAUGUCUUUAAUAAAGUUGUCAGAUGAGACCAGUUUUGUAUUUAAUGAGCUUUAAUGAGUCUGUGGGUCGCUGUUGGAGAACUUUGCUGCUGUCUGAUCAACUUUCACUCAGUUUUUACACUUUGUUCUUAAAGUUACUGAGACUUUGUGAACAUUUUAUGACUCAGAGAUUCUUUAACAUUUUAUUUAGACAUCAAUGAUAAUAAAAGUCCUGCUAAUGUUAGAUUUCUGAUCAGUUUUAUUCACCAUCAUUUAAUACAGUAACAUAAGAAAUGAGCAGCACACUAGCUAAAGAGCUACAUAACUUCAUGUUAGGAUAACAAUUUUCCUGGCUAGCUAGCUUCAGUUCUCUGCUGCUGGUGGAUAAAUAUUCCUGUUGAUUUGGAUUUAACUUUAUGUCACAAACUUAAAUAUCACUGAUACACAUAUUUACACAAUGCUCUAAAAUUACACAAUAAAAUACUGUAAUGAAAUAAAAAAGAUUUUAAAAUAGAUUUUACUACUUACCUCUAUGAUUCCUGAUCUUUUUCUUCUGGGUCACCAUCAGAUAAAUUAGGAAAUUAAAUCAGAUCCAAUAAAAUGAGAAUAAAACAUUUCCACAGAAGAAAUGUCAACAUUAAACAUAUAAUUUUCAAAUUAAAGUACAGGUGAUGGUGAGUCUUUUCACAGACAUCCUCACUUUGAUUCAAACUUUAGUUUGUUGUUGAUUCUUGUUUUGGACACAUUUCUACUCAGACGUGACCGUUUGCACCAAUCUGUGAAACAACAGAGUCUUUGAGGCAUUUUGGGGCUUCAGACUUUGGUACUGGAACAAUUCUGGUUCCCUACAGAGACCAGGAACCUC